AUGCAAAAAAAGUUAGUGUUUUAAAAUUAAAAUUAAUUGAACAUGAUUAUUAGAUUUCAAUCUAUGAAAGAACUCCUCAUUAACCAGCUCCAUUAUAUAAUUUAACAAAUCGUGAAUUAACCAAAAAUAAAAUAACAUCUUUUACAGUUUUAAGAAAAGCUAUCUAUUUCGUGUUACCCAACAAAAAAGAAGUUGCUGUUUGGUUUGGAUUAUUCCCUACAUCAACAAAACAUAUUUCUAAAAGUUGUAUUUUCUAUGGAGACAUGA